GGAACACGUCUCUUUUGCAUGGUAUAAAUUGAAAACAAAGAGUCUGCUCGAUACCCGAAGCUAUUACCAGAAGCCAGUACUAUUGUCUCGACGUCUUUCUCUCCGUAUAUAAAUACUGGCAUAUCAAAUGCAAAACGAUUUCAUAAUAUACACACUACACCUUCUAUAUACCUACUCUACAUCUAUCUAUUUGCCUCACCAACGUCUCUUUCUGUCUUUCAUCCUCUUGAAAUGGCAUAUUUUCCAUCGCAAGAGUCAACGCCAGAGUCAGCAAGUUCUCCUCAGCAGCAAGAGGUUGCAAGCCCACCAACUCCACAGCAACCUGGAUCGCCACAGCGUGAAGGACAGCCCCUUGAAGAGCAGACGGGUGAAGGGCAUUCUGGACAGCAAGAGCGUACCCAAGAAAGUCAGUCUGGUAAAGGAGCUCAGCAGCAACGAAGCCGCGCCGACAAAUGGAAAGGCCGCGCAGUUCCGGGACAAGGAGGAUCUGGCGAACUAUCAACCUCUUCUGCCUCUGGUACUCCUGAGCAGCAAUUCCCGUCGCGGGCAGGCUCCAAGCGCGCGCACGAGCAAGUGGACCGUGGCGACAAGGAAGGAGAAGAGGAGAGAUCUCCCAGAGCCCGCGGAUCGGGUAGUGCAUCGCCGACUCUGGACAGCAAAAAGGUCGCGGAAACGAAGAACAAGGAAACCACUCAUAGACUACUUCCUUGGUUAGCCACUCUGUCAACAGUCAUCAAGCUCUCCAAUGAGGAUUUUAAGGUCGCCAACAAAAAAUUAUCAAUGAUCAGUGAUCGUUACCAGUUUUUGGAAAACCUUUUCGAUUUUACCCAAGAUUUAGAGAACUGUCUUUCACCACCUCCUUAUCCUAUAUUUCUCCCGGAAGACCCCCUUGCCGACUAUCUAGUCCUGAUGAAACAUCAGCUUUCUGUUCAGGCUUCUGAAUACAUACGGUUGAAUCGACAAGGCGGGAGAAAAUCACCCUCAGUAACAACAUCUUCUUCGCCUGCGGCUGCGGAUGCGGGUUCGUCGUCAUCGUCAGCUCAAGCCCCAACAACAACAGCGCCACCAGCAGCAUCGACAGCCGAAAAAGUGGAUACGAAGAAACAAAAGAAAGAAGCAGUCGAUCCUGAGGAACGAAAGGAAGAAGAAGUUGAUUCCGAGGAACGAAAGGAAGAAGAAGUUGAUCCCGAGGAACGAAAGGAAGAAGAAGUCGAUCCUGAGGAACGAAAGGAAGAAGGAGUCUGA